CGGAUCCUAUCCCUGUGGGCUGUUGGCGUGAGGGUCGCUCCAAGUCAACACAACCGGGGGUGGCAACCUCCCGCCCUGGAUACGGGUAGCGUCCCUUGCCAACGGACAAACAGUCGCGCGGGGACCAGUCGAGCGAGAAGAACACAAGCACGUAUUCCCCGUGGGGACAUGCCGGCAGGGAUGGAGGCAGUCGACCGGCGGAGACGUUUCCUUCAGCCGAAGGAAGGCACGCAGCUUCCCGGCUACACCGGCUACUGCCCGCAGUACAGGUUCUUGAUUGGUCUGACUUACGGCAACGUCUCUGCGCAAAUGCUGAAGGGCGUGAAACACAAUCCUCCCACCAUCUCCGACCCUGGGCAGGCGGGAGGGCCCAGACUGGUUCACCUGCCCAAGUUUGACGGGACCAGGCGACUGACGGAAGGCAUGGUGCCGGGGUAUACAGGCUACAUCCCACGUAAAAGGUACAAAGAUGCCGGCACGUACGGCCGCGACACCGCCGUCAGUAUAGACGAGUUUUUUGGGGACACGAAAGGCGCCGUACGAGCCGACAGGGCGCUGCGGGCCACCGUUGCACAGGCACCGAGGCUGACACCCACGUCGAGCCCAGAGGAAACCCUGGAAAAGAUGGACUGCUUCAUGCCAAGAAAAACCACGUUGUUGGAAGACAAAAGAUCAUUUCUAGAAGCCCCCAUGCCGGGCUGGACCGGAUAUGUGCCCCGGAAGAAGAUCACGGAGGUCGGUCUGGGCAGGAGGUACGCUGUGGUGGCCAAGAAGGGAUUCUGCGAGCAGCAAGACCACAUGGACAGGCAUUCGUCACUACGGGAGACACCUGUCACUUUAGAAAGAACCGAGUCUCCGGAUGAUGACGAUAAAGGUUUGGUGGACAGACGUCUGUACCGACCGGAGGGAAUGGUGCCCAAAUACACGGGAUACAUCCCUCGCUGGAUCGCUGCGGACAUCGUGGUGGUCAGUCUGUGGCUGUACGCCCUCAUCACGUCGUACCGAUACUUCAGACGGAGGUGGAUGUCGGCAGGCGCUGGUCGGACGGGUGAUGACGAGCUUCCCUUCGCCUUCAUCUCGUGGUUCGUGUACGCCUGUCUCUACGUGCCCAGGGUCGCCAUCAUCUUCAAAUGGGAGAUCGCCGCCAAACUCACCGACCACGACUGGUUCGGCCCGAACGCGCUCAAGACGACUCUAGCGCUGUCCGCGCCCCUGUUCCUCCUGCUCCUGUACGGUCAUCACGACGCCAAACCGCACACCAACAGGAAGAACUACGUAGACAGACUCAGCCUGGGGGUAACCUUCGACAUUCUGGACUCCCUAGAGUUACUGGAUAUUCUGUUUGUGGAGGAAUCUCGGGUCAUCUUAACCUUUGACUUGGAGAAUGCCAUCCUGUCCUUCGCGUGUAUCGUCUUCUUCCUCCCCACGGUCGCCUUGUUCGAACUGAGGAAGAGCAGGUCGGACGGGGAAGUUGCCUCGGUGAACUUCGGAGUGCUGUAUUCCCUCCUGUUCAUGUUAUUAGUGAACAUUCCCUUCCUGGUCAUCAGGAUACUCCUCUGGAAUAUCUACAACCAGGACGUCUCCGUGUUCCUGAUUAAGAACGUCAUGCUGGUGAUCAUGGGGUUCAAGGACAUCUGGGAAAACCUGGGCCCGCACGGACCCAAGAAGUGCUCGGAAUGUGACGGGACGUUCCACCCCGAUCAGAUAGAGCCACACAGGGAGAAGUGUGGGCCAGAAGAGGCCAUGGAGCUCCAAGAUGGACAGGCUGCGUCGGAAGCAAGCAAGCUGCCAGUAGAAGCGCACUCGUCCGUGUGAUUCUGACUGUCCAUCACAAUUAACAGUUCAACCAAUGAUAGCAUUGCAAUGCAUUAGCGGUUCGACCAAUGAGAGAGUGGCUGAGCUGCAAAUAUUUGCGUUUUUAUGUUGCAUUUUUACGUUUUCACGGAACGUUUUCAAAAGACAAUUGUAUGGCACACUAAUAUUAAUGAAUUAUGUGUUUGUGCGUGUGUGUAUCACCAGAUUUUGCCACAAGGCCAUCAUAACUUGAUCCGUGUCAAUUGCUGCCAAAGUCCUGCUGUAUGACGGUAUGUGGCAAGGUACUGUAGUUCUCGUUUAGUGCAGUGUAAUGUAUAAAAUGGUGAUGACUAGAGCUGUCUGUAAAGUUGUAGUACUACAACGGAAACUGCGAUAACGCUUGUAUGCCACCUUUUGGUGGAAGUAGGUUCUUUGUUGCAGUAAUGCGCCUUUUACACAGAGAAGAACAUAGAGCUAGUUUCGUACAGCCCGACCGAAUCCUCAUAAAGGGAAAUAUAUUUUUUUUCAUCCGUGAAUAAUGAA